AUCCCCAUCGCCGAACUGGCUGUCGGGAGACGGGGUUUUUUUUUUUCCCUUUUUCAAAAAGAAAUCGCCCGCCUCGGUUUUAAGUGUUGCUGGCUUCUUUUUCUCUCAAAGAUUAGGGAGCGAUGUCUUCCCGGCGGUUGUCGGCGGCCCGCGAUCGCCGAAGGGAUGCUAGCGCUUCUAAUUACAGGAGAAUGAAGACUGUUGGAAAAGCAACUACAGACUAUGGAGCAAACCUUACAAACACUGCCUAUCUUUCAAGAGGUGUACUAUCCCUCAAAGAAAGAAAGUUAUUUGGUCAGACUCCAGCUAAGAUAAGGAUUUCACAAAAUCCAGAUCUACAGGAGGAAGCUGGUUAUCAGAUACGAUUCAUUGUAACUAAGCAGUGGACCUUAAACAGUGUCACUCCUCUGCAUAAAUUCUCUUAUGGAAAAUUGCGGGAAUAUUCUAAACAACUAAGUAAUGUUAUUACUGCACAAAAGGAAAAGAGAUUCAUACUGGAUGGUGAAACUGAUUUAAUGUUUCAAGCGAAGUUUUCUUCAUUUUCUGUUUUGAAAACCAAAGGAAAAAAACAAUCAGCAGUUCUUAUUGAGAUUAUGCAGAGACCUCGAUUGGUAGAUGAUGAUGAUGAAAAAGAAGAAGAAAACAAGGUGGUAUGGACAGGUUGUUUCUGUUAUGCUUGUUCAAGUGAUUUUGUUGAGACUCUCCCAGAGGAUUUUAUUUGUUUUCCUUUAUUCCUUGUACAUGGUGCACAGAGUUUCUCAAAUAUUGUUGAAACUUGGCUUCAGCAAACUUUUGAUUGUUAUUUCAGCCCACUGCAUAUCAGUCCUAUCCAUCUUGCAUGGAUGGCUGCAGUAUGGUCUGGAUGCAGUAUGGACCACCACACACGUGCAACAGAACUGACUUUCACUGUGCCAGGUCUACCUUAUCCUUUGGAUAUUUCCUAUGCUAUCCAUUCUGAAGAUGCAAAAGCUCUCUGGGAUUCAAUACACAGUAUCCAGGGAGAAAUUAAGCAGGAAGAAGUGGAAUUAUUCAUGAACUCCCUUUACAAGCACUUUCAUAGGCACUUCAAGAUAUAUUUAUCAUCUACACAAUUAGUGAAAGUUUCUACAUCUGUAGCCUCUGUCCAUUCAUUGGGAAAAAUAAAGAUUCAUCAUGCCCAAUAUCUGAUGGGAGUUCUGUCACUGCUCACAGAACUGGCACUUUCAAAGAUAAUGUGACAAAUUAUUUACUGGGUUAUAUCUCAUAAAGUUAACUACAGAAAAUUAUUUAGGAUAGAAGAUUG